AUCAAAUAUUAUGGAUACGUUUUUUUCUCUGAGUUAAGGUCCUUAAUAUAAAGUUUUGAAAAUAUAUAAAUAUUUUCAAAGAAAGUUUUUUAACCUACAAAGGUAGUUUGUGAGUGAUCGGAAAAGUUGGUAGUGCAAAUACUCCUUCAAAAUGUCGAUGGAUCCAUCGGUUUCUCUAGAGGAUCUGGAGCGACGUCGUCGUCGCGCCAGUUCCGCCCGCAAGCAGUCACAUACUCCCCAGCCAGCAUCUCACCUGGCGGAUUCGGAGGCCAUGGCCGUGAUCAAUGAGAUAUUCAAUCCCACGCUGAAGCUGCCGGAGUCCAGUGGCCACUAUACGCUGCCCGAGGAGAUGAGGGCCGAUGACAAUGUGGCGCCCCAUGAACUGGACAUUGCCAAGCUGGCGGAGCUGAAGGAAGUCUUCUCGCUCUUCGAUACGGACUGCGAUGGACUGAUCUCGAAGGAUGAUCUACGGUUCACCUAUACGGCCCUGGGCAACGAACCGAACGAACAGCUACUGGAACAGAUGAUGCAGGAGGCCAAGGAGCCGCUCGACUACGAAGCCUUCGUUCGGCUGAUGAGUCGUCGCACCCAGGAACUGGAUCCCGAGGAUGUUUUGCUGGAGGCCUGGAGCAAAUGGGAUGACCAUGGCACGGGCAAGAUCGACGAACGCAAAAUCUAUGAGGAGCUGACCAACUAUGGUGACAAAAUGACCCUAAACGAGGCCAAGGAGGCUCUUAGCCACGCCCCGAUGGCCAAGCCCAAGUCCUUGGAGGAGCCGCCCAUGAUCGAUUAUCCGGCCUUCUGUCGCAUGCUCAGUGGAAUGCGGAAGCGGAAAGGGGAAUAAUGUGCUAUUUUUGGGAGAAACUUUAAAAUAUUUGCCUUAAAUUCAAAUCCAUUGAAUAUUUUCUGAUUUAAUGUUUUUUUUUUUCAGUUCACCUACUAAUAUACAAGCUCUUGAUUUCAUAUCAUUUAAUGAAAUUUAUAUUCUUUUUAGAUCAAUUUUGAAAACCCUUCGCAGCUAUUGUCUAUGGUUUUAUAGCCUUACAUUGUUGUUAGAUUGGUAAAUAUUUUUGAAAAUUACUUAAAGUCCUGAAGCAGCUGUGCCGAUUUGACAAUCGUAUUAGCCUUAACGCCAACUUUUGUUCGACUUUUUAUCAAAAUAAAUCGUGAAGAACCAGCGA